GGCAUCAACAAACUGAUACGAACAAGUUUUAAUCGCGUUUACUUUAUGUAAGUUUAGUCCCAUAUGAACCAAAAGGCUAAAUCAGAUGGGUUUAGUCUAAAUAAAACUACAGAGAGAGAGAAAGAGAGAGAUCAUAUCAUUUAAGUGAUGAAUCCUUCUUUCUGAAGAAAAGAAAAGUUAUGAACUGCAUGAAAUAACCGACCAGCAUUCAUCUGCAUAAUGCUGAGUCUGAUACACACAGGAUAAGGAUGUGCUGACAUUUGUGAACUCCAGACAAUGAAUGUAAAUCAGCGAGAGAAUGCACAAAGGUCGGGGGUUGUAGUGGACUUUGAUGAUGCAAAACAAGCAGGGAAAACUGCUGUGAAACACAAUGGACCAACUUCAUUGCCUGCUUCUCUUCAAAGCACUCUACAGGGCCCAUCUAGUGCUGCAGACAUCACUGGACUCCUGCCAAACAUGUUCCUACAGACAAUUAACUUUGAUGCAGCUUUCCAAGAGCUAGGGCUGAGAGGGAAGUCCUCAUUACAACCAAAUGGUGACCAAGAAGAUGAAGAAAGAACUGAAGUUAAUCCUUUGGAACAACAACAAGUGAUGGAGCAAGCAAUGCUCUUACAGAGAUUUAAAGAGCUCAGGCAGUGGCAAAUGCAACAACAGGAAAAGUUAAUGAAUCAACAGAAACAGCAACUAGAACUUUUACGCAAAGAGCAGAUGGUGAUCAAAAGUGUGAUCGGCAAAAACAAAGACUCUGUCAGGGGAUCGGAAUUGAAUGAUGAUGCUCUAACUAGAACUCCUCCACCCUCCCAAAGGUUUGUGAGAUCAAGGUUUGAACCCAAUUUCAAACCAUCAGAAGCUCGUGACUCCAAGUCUGUUCCCCAACAGGAGUCACUGCUAGCUAGUGGUCAGCUUCCAGUCCCUGUCAUGUAUGUCCCAUUCAAUGAGGAUAAUGAUGAAGCCAAUACAAACCCAGAUCUUUUCAGCGACACCAACUCCCACACAAGUGAAAUGACAGAGGAGAGGCUAUACAGAGAAGAAAUGGCUCAGAGAAGAGUAAGGUCACCAGAUAGAACUGACAGCAGUGAGGAAGAAGAUGAAGAAGAGGAGGAAGUGGUAGAUGAGGAUGACGAUGAAGAUGAAGAAGACAGAGGUGAAGAAAGUAUAGAAAAAUUGUCAGAUUAUGAUUUAGAGGAAAGAGAUUUUGAUGAUGAUGAUGAGGAGGAGGAGGAGGAGGAAAUGGAGAAGGAAAUCAUUGAUCCAGAUGACAGACCAAUUAUGGUCACCAAGACAUUUGAAGAACUACUGGAAGAACAAUUAAGAGCUGAAAGUGAAAACCAAAAAUAUGAAACUGAAAGAAAUGUGGAAAGUCCAAAACACCAGUUCUUGAAAAAAGGAGAGGGUAUUGCAAGGUUUGGUGCUUUGAAAGAAAAAAAGGCUAAUAUGAGACCUCCUCAUAAACCCCCAUCUGAAAAACCAAAUCAACAUUCAGAGAGACCAACUUCAGGGAAUACUUCACGUCCAACAAAUACAAAGACAUUGUCCUCGAAGGCAAAUGCAAAAAAAACAGAUGAAUUAAAGAAGAAUGAUAAAGGGCUCCGAAGUGGACAACCAGCAUUCACCAAGCCAUCAGGGUCAAGAGAUGCUAGUGAAUCUAGUAGAAGUGUUAAACCGUACAACACCCAGAGUCUGUCCUUAUCAAACAAAACAGGCAAGGGAAGUAAUGCAAAACAAGAUCCCGUCAGGAAGAAAAACUUUGAAAGAAAAUCUUCCUUCCCAGAUGAUGCCUCUUACGUUGGUAAACUGCGGGAAAGAGAGAUAAAUGAGGAGCUGGAGAAAGGAGAUCUGGAGGAGUUUGAACUUCUGGAGAACUUGGCAGACAACAUGUCAUACUGCAGUAACACAUCACUGAUGGUUCGGAAACUGGAGGACAGAGUGAAGGAAAAGAAAAGACCAUCCAAAUUAACACUGAAACCUCUCUCUAAGAAAUCUAAAUGUGAAGCUCAAAAAUCCCAACACGAGAAGAUUACAGUCAAACCAGCAGAGAACUCUGUUCCAGUUGAAUCAGAAAAAAGGGGACCAGUUAUGCAGCCAAACAGAGAAUCAGUUGUGCAACCAAACAGGGAACCAGUAGAGCCAGUACAAGGAAGAUAUGAUUAUAAAUUGGAAGAAAGUGAAGAAGAUAAGACCGAUUCUGAUGACUCUGAAUCCAGUGACUCAGAGAGUGGGACAAGUGAUAUAGAGAGAGACAGUGAUAACUAUAGAGACAAAGGCUUUGUUGGUAUACACAAUGAUGAAGACUACAACGCCAAUCAAAAUGCUGAAGUGUCUCCAUCAAAAUUCAUGAAGAGAAAGAUAGCACAAAGAGAUAAAUCUAGUCCAGUUCCUCAAGUCACAAGGGAGAGGAAUGUCCUGCAUCUUUUCAAGUCUUCAGGUGUUGAAAAGACAAUUGAAAUUAAGACUGAUUACAUUAAUCAGAGUGGACUGCAGAGUGAUUCAGAUGAAAGUGAGAAAGGAUUUCAAAUGCACAGUAAACUGUUGGAUAGGAAUACGGAUGAUAGUGACAGUGAAGGCAGUCUAGUGUCUUACUCAGAUCUCAAUAUAAAGAGAAAACAGGAGGAAGGGAAAAACAAAACUACCUCCAGGAAAUCAGACGUAUACGAUGAUGAAGAGGAGUGGGGAGAUACAACAUUGAAGGCAGUCUCACCUCACCCUCCCAAUCAGAAAAGUGAAGAGGAACAGGGAGGCACUCCUCCUACCUCCAAACUAAUGGCCAAAUUGUUUCCUAAACUGAAGAAGGCAGAAUCAAAAGAAACGCAAAAUCAGCCAAACUUCCAAGUCAACAAUAUUAUGCCAUCUGAAGGGCUUCAGUCAAAGUUAUUAAGGGAAAAAUUAUCAGAAUUAGACAAGGAGAUUGAGAAAUUUAGGAAUGAAAAUGCCAAUCUUCAUAAACUUCGAAUAGAGAGAGAAGAUGGGUUGUCAAAAUUAAAAAAGGAAGUUGCUGAUUUUGAAAAGGAAAAAUCUGAUGAGUUGAAAAGAAUACAGGAGUAUAAAACUGAAGAGAUGAAGAAAUUACGUCAUGAGAAAAAGGUGUUUGAACAGUUACAAAAGGCAAAAAGAAAUAACCCAGACAAGAAGGAGAGGGAGGAAAUUGAAAUGCUAAAAACUCAGUUAAAAGAACUACAGGAGGAGAUGAAGAGGAAAGAGUUCAGGUGGGCCUCAAAUGAUUCUCGAACUAAAGAAAAACUCAAACUGCUUGAAAAUGAAAAUUUACAGCUUAAGGAAGAGAUCAAGGCAAUGGAGAGAAAACGCCUUGAGUGGCUGCAGAAGGAGAAAAAUGCACAACUUGAAAGAAAUUCACAGCAUGAAAAGGGUGCACAAGGAACGAAUACUGCAGCUAAAACAUCAGCAAUUCCAAAGGCCAUCUCUACUUCUGCUGAGUUCCAGAUGACAGACUCUGACGAGGAGAAGGACCCUGUCAGAGAUAUUCCCAUCAACAAGGCAGGCAGCUUCAUGUCUUCUCAUGUUCCUCAGCAGACGGGCAGAAACAGACAGCAGAAUGGCGAGGUUCCUGCUGCCUCUAGACAGAGACCCGUCACCAGCUCAGGGAAUCUCUACUCAGCUCAGCCAGACAUUGCAGUCAACCCCAGGGCCAGUCAGAGUGAUGGCUCCCAGGGAAUCAAGGAGGAGGUACCCAGGGGGGACCCUAUUGUUUCAGCGGUUCCCCAGGACACCAGUAUUUAUACAGAAGGAGGCAUGGAUGGGUCUUACUUGGAAUGUGUUCCCAGAAAGACUGCCCAGAAAUAUUCUAUUGAUCGCUCGGUCAUUGAUAAAGGGGACAAAAGAUUCAGGGAAAUCCAACAUCCUGAUGGGAAAGUGGAAAAAAUCUACAGUACUGGAGUACGUGAAAUCUUAUUUCCUAAUAGGACCAGAAAAGAAAUAUCCGCUGAUGGGAAAUCUGUUGUUGUGUCUUUCUUUAAUGGUGAUGUCAAACAAGUAACUGCCGAUCAAAGAGUCAUUUAUUACUACGCUGAAGUACAAACUACACACAGCACUUAUCCAGAUGGACUUGAAAUUAUACAGUUUCCAAACAAUCAAGUGGAAAAACACUAUCCAGAGGGAACUAAAGAAAUCAUUUUUCCAGAUCAGACUAUUAAGUAUCUGUUUUUAAAUGGAUCAGAGGAAAGCAUAUUUCCAGAUGGAACUGUGAUUCGAGUGGAUAGAGAUGGAACCAAAACAAUGGAAUUUCCGAAUGGACAGAAAGAGAUUCACACUCAGGAAUACAAGCGGAGGGAAUAUCCGGAUGGGACAGUGAAGACAGUGUAUCCAGAUGGACGGCAGGAAACGAAGUAUUCCAAUGGUAGGAUCCGAGUGAAAGACCGUGAUGGAAAUGUUAUUAUUGAUAGGAGAUCAUAAUUCUUAUUUAUUGUCAAUUUGAAUUGUUAAUUUUGUUAUCUUUCACUUUAAUUUGAUUAAUACAACAAAAGACAACUUGACAAGAACAUUCCAUUUAGUACUGUGGUUUCGUCAGUUGGUAUUAGGGGGCAUCAAUUUCCAUA